ACAGCACAGAUAUUUUCUCAAAGGGAAAUAGCACCAUUUGGCAUUUUACAAUUUCCAAGCUAUGGCCAAAUCAACUGGGUCACUUGUCUUUCUCUCUAUUUUCACUUUGCUCCUUUCUUGCAACUUAGGAGGGCACUUAAAGUUUGCUAAUGGAAUGCUAGACCAGGAAAGUUGGUGCGUAGCAAAACCUUCAACAAGUGAUGUUGCACUGAAUGAUAACAUUCAAUAUGGUUGCAUUGCCUUGGGUGAUUGCAAAAUGAUCCAACCAGGUGGAUCCUGCUUCUACCCAAACACUCUGUUAAACCAUGCCUCUGUUGUCAUGAAUCAGUACUAUGCAGCUAAUGGUAGAAACACUUGGAACUGUUUCUUCUCUGGCUCUGGUCUCUUUGUUGUCAGUGACCCAAGUUACGCUAACUGCACCUAUGCUUAGCGGGAAUAAACCGGAAAAAAGAUGUCUUGUUUAGAGAUAUUUUUACUAUUUUACUCUAUAGGCUACGUUUGAUUUCCAAAGCUUAUUACUACAUUCUACUAGGUGCUGUAAGGAAUAGGAAGUUUAUUAUUCACUGUUGUGGUCUUUGUAUUUCAUGAAGAUUAGUACUUUGUUAUUUCAUUACCUAAUGAAAAUAUACUAGGUUUCAAUUAUAAGAUUACUUUUAUGGCUA